UGGAACGGUUGGGUGGGAAAAGUGGUCCGGGACUGGAAAGGAACGUGGAGGGGAGGGAAAGGUGUGGGUGGGGGGGUCGGAGGGGGAAGUGGUGAAGGAGGGAUGCCGGGACUGGGAGGGGGAAGUUGGGCUAUGGAGGGGGGGAAGACUGGCCGAAGAGGUUGUGGAAAAAUGGAGUGCGAGUGUACACGUACGGGAAGUGAUGAAGUAGUUUAGGGAAGAGAUCGUUACUUGGUCCGGACUGGGCGGCGAGGGGGGGGGAUGUAAGUCCGGACUGGCCUAAGGGAGGGGGGAGUGCUGUUCCGGACUUGAGUAAGGGGUGGGGAGGAAAGCUGUAACUCGUACUGGAAGGGGGGGGGAGGUGUCCGAGGUCGGGGAAGGGGGGGGGGGGAAAGUGUCCGGACUGGAAGGGGGGGAAAGUGUCCGGACUGGAAGGGGGGGGGAAG